AUGGCACCUCUAAUCCGUGUCAUUGGCUCUCUGAACGCCGACAUGGUAUCAGUGACGCCUCGUUUCCCGGAUCCAGGCGAGACGAUCACGGCCUCCUCAUAUUUUACCAGCGCGGGAGGGAAAGGCGCCAACCAAGCCGUCGCAUGUGGACGAUUAUCCCGGGCAAAACCCACCGCAACAUCCCCAUCGACAGAGAAGGACCCGGUCAGGGUCGAGAUGGUUGGCGCGGUAGGGGGUCUAGACGGCCAGUUCCAGGCGUUGCUGAAGCCGACGCUGGAAAAGUCCGGGGUCGACGUUUCCCGAGUUCGAACUAUUCACAACGCUUACACUGGGGUCGCUGUGAUCAUCGUGGAUACUUCUGCAGGAGGAGAGAACCGGAUUUUCUUCUCGCCUGGCGCGAAUUACACAGGGAUGCAACCCAUUCCGGAGAUACUGGGGGCCGGGUUGGCGGCGCCUGUGCCGGAUGUUAUUGUCAUGCAGGGAGAGAUUCCCGUGGAGACAGUCAUCGGGAUUCUGCGAAACAUUAAAGCGUGGAAGGAAGAGAAUAGAGCCAAGGGUCAAAAGGGGAUUGAGGCUGGGCCUGAAGUCGUCCUCAACCCGGCUCCUGCACCGCCCGGGGGACUGCCGGAUGACGUAUACGAUGGCGGGGUGGACCAUUUGAUCCUGAACGAGACGGAGGCGGAACUGAUGAUCCCGCCGACGGAGCAGCUGCUCAGGACUGUCCCUGAUGCUGAGGGCCAAAGUGACCGAGAGAAGGUAGCUCGGUACUUCCACAAGAUUGGGGUAACAUAUAUCAUUAUCACACUGGGGGCCAAGGGCGUCUGGUACAGUGCUGCAGAUUCCGGGAGUUCAGGGCCAGCAGAUGGGGUCACGCGCUUUACGAACGAGAUUCCCGCGUCCAAAGUCGAGAAAGUCGUCGACACGACGGCAGCGGGAGAUACGUUCGUGGGGGCAUACUGUGUCGAGGUGGCCCGGUGGCGCGAACGACGACGAGCGGCUGGUAAGGCGGGGCAAGAUCUAUCGAUUGAAGAAAGGGUUGAGAGAUAUCAGAAGAUGAUGGAUAACACGAUGAAGUGGGCCACGAAGGCGUCAGCACGAUGUGUGGAGAGGCAAGGUGCAAUGGGCAGUAUCCCCUUCGAGGAUGAGAUCUAA